AUGGCUAAAAGCCAGCAUAAAAACACCAAUAACAAGAGCCAGGACAAUGUGGCAACACCAGAACCCAAUUACCGCACUAAAGCAAGCAUGGGAUAUCUUAACACAGGCUCGCUUCCGCCACCUGCCCACUGUGGAAGGCCGGCUUCCCCCACCUGCCCAGGAAGGCUGGCUUCUCCCACCUGCCCACCCUGGAAGGCUGGCUUCCCCCACCUGCCCACUGUGGAAGGCCGGCUUCCCCACCUGCCCACCGCGGAAGGCCGGCUUCCCCCACCUGCCCACUGUGGAAGGCUGGCUUCCUCCACCUGCCCACCACGGAAGGCCGGCUUCCCUACCUGCCCACCGCGGAAGGCCGGCUUCCCCCACCUGCCCACUGUGGAAGGCCGCCUUCCCCCACCUGCCUACCACGGAAGGCUGGCUUCUCCCACCUGCCCACCGCGGAAGGCCGGCUUCCCCCACCUGCCCACUGUGGAAGGCUGGCUUCCCCCACCUGCCCACCGCGGAAGGCUGGCUUCCCCCACCUGCCCACCACAGAAGGCUGGCUUCCCCCACCUGCCCACCGCGGAAGGCUGGCUUCCCCCACCUGCCCACAGUGGAAGGCCGGCUUCUCCCACCUGCCCACCGCGGAAGGCCGGCUUCUCCCACCUGCCCACCGCGGAAGGCUGGCUUCCCCCACCUGCCCACAGUGGAAGGCUGACUUCCCCCACCUGCCCACCGUGGAAGGCCGGCUUCUCCCACCUGCCCACCGCGGAAGGCCGGCUUCCCCAUCUGCCCACUGUGGAAGGCCGGCUUCCCCACCUGCCCACUGUGGAAGGCCGGCUUCCCCCACCUGCCCACCGUGGAAGGCCGGCUUCUCCCACCUGCCCACCGCAGAAGGCUGGCUUCCCCACCUGCCCACUGUGGAAGGCCGGCUUCCCCCACCUGCCCACCGUGGAAGGCCGGCUUCUCCCACCUGCCCACCGUGGAAGGCCGGCUUCCCCACCUGCCCACUGUGGAAGGCUGGCUUCCCCCACCUGCCCACUGUGGAAGGCUGGCUUCCCCACCUGCCCGCUCUUCUUGCCUUUUGCUUCCACUAGUGAAGGACUUAGUAAAUGCUGA